UUAAAUUUGGACGGCACUUCCCAAUCAAUCUACGCCAAACUGUUACAGCAAAUCUAAUCAUAUAAACAGAGCAUAUCAACUUCAUUACAAAAUUAUAUAUUUCGUACCGAAUUUUCCCCUCCCUUUAUUUUUACACCCUAAAUUAAUGCAACAUUUUACUGGGCAUUAAAAGUCACUCCCGUUCAUCAUAUUUGCAUAUUUAACGAAAAAAUUAUUUAAUUAACUUCCUUUCUAAAGAUUUACAGUAAUGGAUGAUAUCCUUGAAGAUAGCGAUAAGAAAGAAGAUGUGUCAAUUGAAGAACAAAACACAGACAUAGAUUUUGUUUACAACGAUGCUGAUGAAUACAGUGUGGAGAUAUCUGAACUAUAUAGUUAUUCAGAAGAGCCUGAGUUUCAAAUUAAUCGUUUUUAUUUUCAAUAUUAUUUCCGUAAAUUUGUUUCUGUGAAAUGGUUUGAAGCUAGUAAUGCAGAACGUCAUUCACAUAUUCAAAGAUUAUUGUACUACUUAGAGUCUGGUGAUCGUUUAACCCGUCAAAAAGCUACACGUUCAUUACUCUACUUAUUACAGGGUAAUUUCGGUGAUUGUGAAUUAGAAGAGGAUCAAAUAACCUGGGCCAGACAUAAUGUUUAUUUAUGCAUUGAAGCAGGUGUAUUACAGGCUAUUACAGCCCUAUUGUUAUAUGAAAUCGAUUAUGAUUCAUGGGCUUCAAACUCAACUGGAAAUAAUACCAACGGUGGAGUAAAUAAAGUCCAGACAUCAACAAAUGAUAAUGCUGGCCAAAUUUCUGCAGUUAGUUCAACUCGACAAUCAGAAUGUACACUGGAAGAUUGUGCUGAUCUUCGGAUAUUAUUAUCUAUUCUAUAUAUUAUGGUAGAAACUGUUCGUGAUGGUAUGCAGACAGAGCAGACACAACAACAGACUAGUUCGUUAGAUAGGCGAAAUAUGCCCACAUCAUCAACUGACACCACCAAUCAGACAAGUCAUGAUCCAAUGGCAAAGUUGAGAGAACAAUUCGUUGAAGACUUAGCCUCACCUAUUGGAAAAGAUAGUGAACUCACGCUGACUGUUGUUCUCUUCGAUAUGGUUUAUCGUUUUUGCAGUGGUCUUGCUCCACAUUUUCCAAUGAAAAAAGUUUUACUAUUAUUGUGGAAAGUUCUACUGAUAACAUUAGGUCCAUUGAGCGGUUUAUUUGUGCGUAAAAAUCAAGCACGUGCUCGUUACGGGCUACCACCAUUGUCUGAGGAUUCUACACAUGUGAUACGCAGAGUUCGGGCUAAUACUCCACCGGCUGUAUCAACAGAUCAAGUACUGUCAAGAAUACCACGGAAUAACAAUCGACAUCCAGCACUGAAUCAAUCAAAUCAAGCUCCUAGACAAGGUUGUCUAGCUGGUGGUCGUGCAGCAUUCGAGCAACAACAACAACAGCAGAAACAAUCUGUGCUAACCACAGUGACAUUUCCUUUCUCUGCUGAUUCGUCUAAACCACCUGUGGUCAAUAGUAAUCAAGCCAGCACAGACAGAGUUGUUACUUCUGGUUUUGAUACGCCUAGACCAAGUUCUCCUGUAUCAUGUGAAUCCAAUGAUAAUAGUGGAGGAGAGAAUUCAGUGUUGUUGAAAUUUCAACUGCCUAACACUACGACAGCGAUGACGACGGCGACGGCGACGACGAUUAAUAGCAUUGACACAGCAACAACAACAACAACCGACUUUCUUUCUUCAUCCAACUUGAGUCAGUCAAAUCCAAAUCCUCAAAUUGUUCUGCCUGGUCUGGCGAAUCUAUACACGGAUGGAAAAAGUUUACCAUGGAAACCAAAAGUGAAAAAGAAAGAUUUAGAGGCUUUUUUAACUAAUGUCCGUUUAAAGUUUAUCGGUUUUCAUGUAGCCAAUGAUACUGUUUCAUUGGCUGGUCUACCUGAACCAAUUCAUGAAGCUGUACGUGUUAUGCGUGAGCAUAUUUACGUGUCUUUGGGAGAAGUACAAAUAGAAAAAGAAAAUGAAAUAGCUCAAAAUCCUUUGUCUAUGUCAGGAGAGGCAUUACCCGAUACACCAGUUGAAAGGCUAUAUCGUGCUAUGUAUCCUAUGCUACCUCAGUAUAUGAUUGCUUUAUUGAAGAUUCUCUUAGCUGCUAGUCCUACAUCUCGUACAAAAAACGAAUCGAUCGAUAUAUUGGGUGAAAUAACACCUGAAGAAACACGAAUGAAUACUGGUCACGAAGCAACUAUAUUUAAUGUUGAUAUUAAUCGUCAUCGUGAAAUUAUUGUUAAAGCUAUAUCUGGUUUAUUGUUAUUAAUACUGAAACAAUUCAAGCUAAAUCAUAUUUAUCAAUUUGAAUAUGUAUCACAAUAUUUAGUUUUUGCCAAUUGUAUCCCGCUAAUUUUGAAAUUUUUCAAUCAAAACACUUGUCUUUAUGUACAAGCAAAAAAUACCAUUUCAUGUCUGGAAUUCCCAUCUCGUCUAAUUGGUAAACCACCCGAGUUAACAGCUGAAAUGCUUGUGGGUGAUUGGAGUUCUUAUUGUUGGCGUAAUCUAUUCUCUUGUAUUAAUCUGUUGAGAAUAUUAAAUAUGCUAACUAAAUGGAAACAUUCAAGAAUUAUGCUUCUAGUUGUCUUCAAAUCAGCCCCGAUAUUAAAACGUACACUACGCGUUAGGCAUGCAAUGCUUCAGUUGUAUGUGCUGAAAUUAUUAAAAUUACAAAGUCGAUAUUUUGGACGUCAAUGGCGUAAAAAUAAUAUGUCAAUUAUGUCAGCUAUCUAUCAAAAAGUUAGACAUCGAUUAACAGAUGAUUGGGCUUAUGGAAAUGAUGUUGAUGCAUUACCAUGGCAAUUUCAAGUAGAAGAAUGUUCAUUACGUACAAAUGUUGAUCAAUUUAUUCAACGUCGUUAUUGUGAUAAUUGGAUUGAUCCAGAAUUUAAACCAGUUGAUAAUUGUCUAAUGAGUGUGCUGAGUCAACCAGUACAAUUAUCUGAUGAAUUUAAACAAAAUUAUGAAAAAUGGCUUGAAGAAGAAGUUUUCUCUGUACCAAUUAAUUGGUCACAAGUAUUGGCGCGUUGAUCAGUUUGAUUGUCAUUCUAUCUGUUGAAUGAACAAUUAGGUGAUAGCUAGCUGUCUACUCUAUCUUCUAUUUGUUCUUUAUAUAUUUAAUACUGAAUAAUAAUAAUAAUAAUAAAAGCCUGCCUCGAAACCGGUUCUUAUUUAUUGUAUGUUAGAAGCAGAAUUAUACCAAAGCAUGCUGAACAUUGACUAUAAUAUUAUAAUAUUAUACAACAUAUAGUAAUACAAUGUUUUUAAUAUUUGC